GCCUGCACAGCAAGCUAGGGAUUGAACCCAGCCGCUGAUGUGUACACCUGAUGCUCGCCGCUGCUGCAAACAUUUAGGCAGAUGUGUGCCACGCAGGUGGCCCCUCUGGAGCAUGGACAGUGCAUGGUAAAUGGUCUCUGUAAUGAUUAGUGACUUAGCCACUUGCUGGCAGUAGAAGUGGGAGAAGACAGGACUGAGGAUUUAAGCCUGCGUAGCCCUUCCAGGUCUCCCCAGCACUGCCUACCAGGCACGGGACCCCAUGGCCUCUGCAAAUUCCUUGGCGAUGAUGUGGGAGGAGGUAACAUGCUGCAUCUGCCUAGAACCCAUGGUGGAACCUGUGAGCAUUGAAUGCGGCCACAGCUUCUGCAGGGCGUGUAUCUCUGAGGUUGGGAAGAGCGGAGGGGCCUCCUGUCCUGAGUGCCGGCAGUGCUUUCUGCUCAAGAACUUCAGGCCCAAUCGGCAUCUGGCCAAUAUGGUGGACAUGCUCAGACAGAUGAGCCAAGCCAAGAUAAGUCAGGAUGCCAAGCAGAGUGCGCCCGGGGAACGGUGUACGGUGCAUGGAAAGAAACUUCAUCUGUUCUGUGAGAAAGACCAGCAGGCCCUCUGCUUGGUGUGUUCCCAAACUAAGAAACACCGAGAGCAUGCCAUCAUCUCUAUUGAGGAGGCAGCUAGGGAGUACCAGGAGAAGAUCCAAGUGGCAUUAGAGAAACUGAGGAAACAACAGGUAUUGGCUGAGGAGAUGGAAGUGAAUCUUGCAAUGAAGAAAGCAGACUGGAAGAAGGAAGUUGGGACACAAAAAUCAAAGAUUCAUGCCGCAUUUGUGCAGCAGAGAAACUUCUUGGCUGAAGAGGAACAGAGGCAGAUGCAGAAAUUGGAGAAAGAUGAAAGGGAACAACUGAGAAUUCUGGGGGAAACGGAGUUCGAACUGACCCAAAAGAGCCAGGCCCUGCAGGCUCUGGUCUCAGAGCUGGAGCGGAAGAGUAAGGGCUCCCCGCUGGAGCUGCUUCAGGAUGUAACAGUUGUCCUGGAAAGGAGUGAGUCCUGGAACCUGACAGAGCUGGACAUUGCCUCCCCAUCCCUGAAGAGUGAGUUCUGCGUGCCGGGUCUAAAGGCAAUGCUGAGGACGUGUGGAGUAUACGUCACUCUGGACAGAGACACAGCCAAUCAGUGGCUCCUCCUUUCAGACGACCGGAGACAAGUGCGGUUUGGAAAUGCCCGACAGAAUGUGCCUGAAAAUCCAGAGAGAUUCAAUAAUUAUCCCGUAGUUCUGGGUUCCCAAAGUUUCAAUUCCGGAAAAUUUUACUGGGAAGUAGAUGUAACUGGAAAGGAGGCCUGGGACCUAGGAGUGUGUAGAGACUCUGUGCAGAGAAAGGGGAUUUUUUUGUUCAGCCCUGACAAUGGCUUCUGGACAAUCUGGUUGUGGAAUAAAGAAGAAUAUCACACUGGCGCCUACCCCAACACACCCCUCCAGCUUCAGGUGCCUCCACGGCAAGUUGGGAUUUUCCUGGACUACGAGGCUGGGACUGUGUCCUUCUACAACAUCUCUGACCAUGGGUCCCUCAUCUACACUUUCUCUGAAUGUGCUUUUGCUGGACCUGUGCGGCCCUUCUUCAAUCCUGGCUUCAAUGACAGUGGAAACAAUGCGGCUCCUCUGACUCUCUGUCCACUGAAAAUGUGAUGAUCAGGAUCCACUGUGGAGGGCUUUCUCAGCACGUGGCUUCCCUCCCAUU